CUGUGGGAUCGCCUCCAGGAGACGGACAAGAGCGCCAUGCGACGAGUGCGCGAGUGCACCGAGAAUACGCAGCGCACCUAUGACAUCCUCCAUUCGGAGCUGCAGCGCUGCCAGGCACUGCGCAGCCAGAACCUCAAGACGUUCAUCGAGCAGCUGCGCGUCGAGAUAAGCAAGUGGUGGGAUCUAACGCUCAAGAGCCAGCAGGAGCGCAAGCGUUUCUCCAACUACUACAAUAAGUAUUACAACGAAGACCUGUUGGAGCUGCACGAGCUGGAGCUGGAUGAUCUGAAAAGCUUCUACACGUGCAACAAGGAGAUUUUCGAUCUGUACGAGAGCCGUGCAGAACUUUGGUCCCGCAUGCAGGCUCUAGAGGCAAAGGCCAACGAGCCGAAUCGUUUCAACAAUCGUGGCGGCCAGUUCCUUAAAGAGGAAAAGGAACGCAAGGCCAUCACCUCGAAGCUGCCCAAGAUUGAGCAGCAGAUCACUGAUCUGGUGCACGCCUAUGAGGUGCAAUCGCAUGGCCCGUUUCUGGUUUAUGGCGAGAACAUACUGGAGCUGAUGGCUGGCGAAUGGGAGAACUAUCGGCAGGCCAAGCAGAGCUCGGCC